AUGAGACUCCCCCCAGACCUACAAGACUCCCCCCAGUCCUACAAGACUCCCCCCAGACCUACAAGACUCCCCCCAGACCUACAAGACUCCCCCCAGUCCUACAAGACUCCCCCCAGACCUACAAGACUCCCCCCAGACCUACAAGACUCCCCCAGACCUACAAGACUCCCCCAGACCUACAAGACUCCCCCAGACCUACAAGACUCCCCCCAGACCUACAAGACUCCCCCAGACCUACAAGACUCCCCCAGACCUACAAGACUCCCCCCAGUCCUACAAGACUCCCCCAGACCUACAAGACUCCCCCAGACCUACAAGACUCCCCCAGACCUACAAGACUCCCCCAGACCUACAAGACUCCCCAGACCUACAAGACUCCCCCCAGACCUGCGAGACUCCCCCAGACCUACAAGACUCCCCCAGACCUACGAGACUCCCCCAGACCUGCGAGACUCCCCCCAGACCUACAAGACUCCCCCCAGACCUACAAGACUCCCCCCAGACCUGCGAAGGACUCCCCAGACCUACAAGACUCCCCCAGACCUACAAGACUCCCCCAGACCUGAGUCUCCCCCAGACCUGAGAUUCUCCCACCCAGACCUACAAGACUCCCCCCAGACCUACAAGACUCCCCCCAGACCUACAAGACUCCCCCAGACCUACAAGACUCCCCCAGACCUACAAUCUCCCCCCAGACCUACAAGACUCCCCCAGACCUACAAUCUCCCCCAGACCUACAAGACUCCCCCCAGACCUACAAGACUCCCCCCAGACCUACAAUCUCCCCCAGACCUACAAGACUCCCCCAGACCUACAAUCUCCACCCAGACCUACAAGACUCCCCCAGACCUGCGAGACUCCCCCAGACCUACAAUCUCCCCCCAGACCUACAAGACUCCCCCAGACCUACAAGACUCCCCCAGACCUACAAGACUCCCCCCAGACCUGCGAGACUCCCUCCCAGACACACUGUACAUAGCCAAUGAUAUAACAUUUUAA